AUGCGCUACACAACCUUGAACUCAAACGGCACCAAGGGCGUCCGAUGGUACUGGCGGAUGAUAGCCAUUUGUGCUUCGUGCUUGAUACUAGGAGGUUUCCUAGUUGUACCCUCCACAUUCGACACGCAGGCACAACUCAGAGUAUCUACAACCAUUCUGGGCGGCUUUGGCGUAGGCCUUUUGACGCUUGGCUUUUCUCUUGCAGCACUCGCAUGCUUCUGCAGUCGUAGUUGGGCUUUCAGUGCGGAGCAUGUCUUUGUACCGUGCAUUUUCGUUUGCCUGGUUGGCUUCCUAAAUGUGCCUUACUGUUUCAUCGUCAGUACGCGCUUUAGAUGGAAUGCUCUAGCGAUGAGUACCACUAUCGGAGCAGCCGUCACAGCAUUCCUGUUCACUGCACUCUACUUCUUCGCUCGUCGCAGACUCGCACCAUCAAGAAUUGACCAGGUCGGACACUCAGACAACAUCGAUCUUCUGCGACGACACAGCAACGCGAGUGCAACAGGAUCUUAUCACACCCAAAGUUAUUUUGCCAAUCACUUUGCAAACAUGUACCCAGCCGCUCGUACAGCUCCAUCAACAACGGCUAUUACUCCUCCAGAUGAACGACCCAACGAUAACGAAUUACAACGACGACACAUGUCAGACCUUCUGCAUAAGCCUGAGCCUCACAUAUCUCCAGCGAUGAGCCCAUUCAAUCGUAUCGAGUUCAACGUGGACGAGACUGAAUCGCCAAUCAACGGCUACUACGCUCCUGGCGCGAACAAUUUAUCGACGCGCUCGCUUGACGAUCCGUCAUGGCGUUCACGCAAUGGCAGUUGGGUUACCAACGACUCGCGACGUAACUCUUCUCGGGAUGAGCGCCGUCGUGAAAUCGAGAUGGGCAGGUGAGGACACACACCCUCGCCGACGUCUCACACACUCCUUAUGAUACUGCUUCCAACGUCCCUGCAGGCCAGGGCUGGGCCAGCUGAACAACUGUCCCCUCGAACCGACACACAUCGUUCAUAUAUGCAUUGAUACGAGAGCAUGGCC